CGCAACAUCAUCCAUCGCAUCGAGUUCGACGUCCUCGGCAUCCAGCUCCUCCAUCAUGGCCUCAAGGAUUCUCUCCAGGGCGUCCAGGUUUGCUGGCCCCUCUCGCCCCCUCCGCGUCUUUGCGCGCGCCGAGUCGACUAUGGCCUUUGAGCCUGCCCUCCCCCGUGGCCAGGAGCCAGCGUACGACCUCGCCCUCGAGUACAUUGCGGCGGAUGCGGCGCGCGUGCGCGCUCAGCUCGAGAAGGCGCAGGCCGAGGCAGGAGAACACCCCACUCCCGAACAGGUUGAGCGGAUACGCGUUCUGUCCGUGAAUGCCGAGAUCAACGACCCAGCGACGCGGCGGCUGUUUGCGUCCACAGCCGGCGUCGGAAGUAUGGACCGGGCGGUCAUGCGCGAGCUGGCACAGCGUGCGUGGCGGCGCGACGGCGGGCUGGAUCUGCUUAUGCAGCGCCUCUUCCAGCUUGGCGUUGUUCCCGACAUGCUUCCCGACAUCCUCCCCACAGCGGACAUGACCGUCUCCGCUGGAUCUGGCGAAGCUAUCGAGGCUGGCAAUAUCCUCCCCCCAUCCAGCCUCAAGGAGGCACCGCGCGUCCACGUCCAGCUCUUCGAUCACCCCACGACGCCAUCGGCUGCCCACCCCAACCCCGAGGCGAAGUACACUUUGCUCGUCGUUGACCCCGACUCCCCGGAUCACGAGAACCACACGUUCACCCAGCGCGUGCACUACGCCAAGACUGACAUCACACUCUCCGUCCUCUCCGGCGCAACCGACCUGAUGGCUGCUCCCGGCACCGAGCUGCUCGCGUACGAGCCUAUUGCGCCCGCCAAGGGGUCGGGCAAACACCGCUUCGUCUUCCUCCUUGUCAAGCAGGGCGACGUCCUCCACCCGGUCACCCGCGACAAUUUCACCCUCCGCCAGUACUUGUCCGAGCACAAGUUGUCUGACAAGGACGUGGUGGCUGCGUCGCUCGUUCGCGCGCAGUGGUCCGAGGACGAGGCUGAGUACAUCGCUGAGGCGUAUCAGCAGGCCCGCGGGGAGCCUGUACCAGAGUACGGUCUUCCCCCCAAGGAGCUCAAGUACGGCUACCCUCUCAACGCGCGGCAGCAGCGCCAGGAGGCCAUCCGCCAGGAGGCGCUUGACGGCAUCCUCAAGGAGCUUGAGGGGCUUGGGCAGGAGCAGAUUCCGCAGUAGUAGACAUAGCAUGCACCAUUCAGCACGGCCGAAGCGCGGGAGGGAGGGAAGUGCAUCUUAGCAUGACAGUGAAUGACAUAUGAUCUGGCAAAAUGCGUCACAUGUAUCGAUGCAGUAAUGAUAUGAAUGGCUAUGCGAAUGCGCUC